GCUGGGGGUUGCGGAGUGACACUGUGAGUCUGUGACAGUCAGCUCGCAUGUUGCAUGCAGGGUAGCCUGGAUAGCCCCGCCUCCAUGUCCAUCAGUGACAACUGGGGCGCGGACCGAGAUCCGACUGGAGACAGCACACACAGUAAGCCACAGUAUGGCCCACGAGCUUAAAGCAACGUAAGCGUGAAAAAGCCCCGAGCGCCAAGCCCGCAUCGAGCCGUUCAAUGGCCAUUCAUCGAUGAGUGAAUGACGCUUGCGAUGGAUCGUUCAACAGAACCUGUCUCACGAUUCAUCCUCGACCGCGCACAUACCUGACCUUUCCCCAUUCUCCUGCUUCAGUUGCUUCCAGUCUGCCAACACCCACAGACAUGUCAUCUCCUACUAGCGCAGGUGUCCUCCAGACACACCAACUCAUCGAGAACCAUGGUAUCUUGAUCCGAGAUGAGCUAUACGGAGAGGAACUUGUCCAUGAGCCAGUCCUCGUAGAGCUUCUCCAAAGCCCCGAGGUGCAGCGACUGCGAGGCAUCUGCCAGCAUGGCGUCACUGGAUUCCUGGGCCUCACGCCGCAAGUCACACGACUCGAGCAUUCGGUCGGCGCAUUCAUCCUCGUGCGAAGAGUUGGUGCCACGAUUGAAGAACAGGUCACCGCUCUUCUCCAUGACAUCUCUCACACCACCCUCAGUCACGUCAUCGACCACGCCCUCUCCAAGCCUGGGGAAGGGAGCUAUCACGAGGUCCACAAGACACGGUACCUUGAGACGACGCGGCUGCCGGACAUUCUCACCAAACAUGGGAUCACCCAGAAAGUGUUUGAAGAAGAAUUGUUCCCGCUGGUGGAGAUGCCAUCGCCUCAACUGUGUGCCGAUCGCCUGGACUAUGCUUUGCGUGACGCUGUCAGCUUUGGCAAGCUGGCCAUGGAAGACGCCAAACGGGUGGUCGGUUCGCUAAAGGCGUUUCCCAGUGCUACAGCGACUCGCCGUCUGCUGGUUCUGGACGACCCGCAGGUAGCGCUGCGUCUGUCUCGCGCAUAUAUCAAUGCCGACAAAGAUGUCUGGUCAAGCCCGGCCCACAUCGACAUGUAUCAGCGGACAGGCCAGGUGAUAGGCGAACUGGUAGAGGCAGGGGCAGUAGACGAUCAGGUGCUGUGGCAAGUGUCCGACGCAGAGUUUUGGACUCUGCUGCGUCAAGCCGCGAAUCCGGAGCAGCUUCGCGCCAUCGAGAGAUUGGAGGAGGAGGGGAUUCCAGAGGACAACGGACUCCAACUGCCGCAAUGCGCUAAAAUUCGCACGCUCGAUCCAGACGUUUGGCAGGGCGGCGAGAAGCAGCCUGCGCCGCUGUCGAUAGUGCUGCCAACGUGGGGAUCCGAGCGACAGCAGUACAUUCUCAGUCGUAGUCAGCAUCGUUGAGGCGUACAAUGCGCUAUGUACUGCCAGAUAGUUUAUAUAAGCACACUGCUUCCACACCACC